AUGAUCAAGAGACCAACAACUACACGACGAUUGCUCUUUCUCUGUUUGGGGUUGUUGUCCCCUGGAACAUGCGCCUUUGCUCCCUCCGCACCGUCAACAACAACAAGAACAUCUACUGAGUUGUCGGCAUUUGGCCGUCGCCAAGUCUUCCGUGGACUGCGACGAGUGGUGUUUGCCGGUACUGCCGCAAGCGUCUUCCAAAGGGAAGCCGCAUUGGCCGAAGCGGCACCCACAACGGGACGCAUCGUGGAGAUAGAGUUUGCCAAUGUGGAUGGAUCGUCGACUCAGUCCGGCAAGGUCAAAGUGCAAAUGAGACCCGAAUGGGCUCCACGAGGAGCGGCGCGAUUUGAGGAACUGACUAUGUCUGGCUUUUGGAACAACUGCAAGAUCUUUCGGGUGUUGCCUGGUUUUGUGGCGCAAUUUGGUAUCCACGGCGACACGGAAGUCCAAGCGCAAUGGAGAUCCAAUGCCAUUCCCGAUGAUCCCGUCCGCGUGUCCAAUCGCCGUGGAACCGUCGUCUUUGCUACCAAUGGACCCAACACUCGAACCUCUCAAGUUUUCAUCAAUACGCGAGACGAAGGCAAUGCGUUUUUGGACCGACAGGGCUUUGCGCCCUUUGGUGAAGUAAUUGAAGGAAUGGACAUUGUCGACAAGUUUUACAGUCAGUACGGGGAAGGCGAACCAGACGGCAACGGACCCAACCAGGGUUUGAUGCAACAAAAGGGUGACGCCUAUCUCAAACGAUUCCCCAAACUGACGUACAUUCGAGAUGCCAAGUUCCUCUCGUAA